AUGGCGGGGCCCGCAGCGCCCCCCUCCCACCCAACGCCAUUGCUCGGGGGGCUGCUCCUCCUGCUGUUGCCGCUGCUGCUGCUUGCCCCCCCGGCUGCAGCCAAUGUGCGGCUGGCCUUCCCCCCUGCCCGCGGCCUGGGUGACUUCUUGUACGCCUCACAGCUGCAGCCCGGCCCCUGCGGUGGUGGGGCGAGGACCAUUGGAGCAGUCACGCAGCUGCAGGCGGCGGCCCUGGUCAAUGUGUCGUGGCACAACAGCCACCCCACCCCAGGUGCCCGCUUCUCCCUGGCGCUGCUGGACGCCGCUGGCUCUCUGCUGGUGCCCUACAGCGCAGCCUCGCUGCUGCCGGGCGGGGCAGCGGGUGGGGCGGACCCGCUGCAGACGUGGCAGCUCAUCCAGCUGCCCGCCCUGCCGUGCCCCAACUGCACGCUGCGCCUCACAGAGAUUCUGCCCACCGGGGCUCCCGGCAUGUUGAGUGCUCCCCCCGAGCUGUGGAGCUGUGCUGACGUCAAUGUGACCCUUGGCCUGGACGCAUGCUCCAACCAAUGCCAAGGGUGGGGCACCUGUGUGCUGGAGCCGGCGGGCCUUGGAGCGUUUGCGUGCCAGUGCAACUCCGCGCUCCCCCUGCUGGCCCCCCCUGGCGCUGCGGCCCCCACGUGCGCAGCGAUCUCGGGCACGUACGGCGAGGUGCGGGAUGCGUGCGUGGACGACAGCGACUGCGGCGCUGCGGGGCUGUGCGUGGCGCGCACGCCCUCCCAGCCGCGCCGCUGCUUCUGCAAGGCGGGCUGGAGGGGGCCGCUGUGCACACAGCGCAGCCAGCUCUCGCUGGAUGUCCAGCUGGACCUGCGCGCGUGGGAGGUGCAGUACCCGGUCAAGCUGCGUGCCCCCGGCGUGGCCGUGUAUGCGCGCAUUGUAGGCCCCCCUCAGGCGCAGCUCAUCGAGGUGGCUAUGGCCGCCGUCACGGAGUCGUAUGUCAGCGUCGGCUGGCGCCCCGCCUCGCUCGACCAGGCUGCGGCGCUGCCGGCUCUGCUGCCGGGGCCGGCCACCCUGGUGCGGGAGUCGCCCUUGGCGCCGGUGUACCAGAACACGUCGCUCCUCUACGAUGCUCUCGCCCCUCCGGCGCCGCCGGGGCCCAACUUGACGCUCCUCUUCGGCAGCCCGCCCUCGGGUCUGCCCCUGGCAAACGGGACGGCCAACAUCACCGCCAACGCUACGGCUACCAUCGCGGCCAACGCUACGGCCAACACUACGGCCAACACUACGGCCAACGCUACGGUUGAAGCGGCGGCCAACGUGAGCGCGGGCGCAAGCGCCAAUGCGACGGCCGUCCCUGGCGGGCGGCGGCGGCUGCUGCAGGCGGGGGCGGCCGUGCUGGCCGCUUUCAACCGCAGCAGUCCCGUGGUGGCCGCCCCCGGCCGCCUGCCGCCCAGCUGGCUCGCGGACAUCACCGCGUGCUAUGCGGUCGGGGAAUAUUUUAAGGUGGAGGACCUGGGCGGCGGCGCCGGGUACGGCACGCCCCUCCCCGACGGCGCGCUGGGCGGCACGGACGACAUCGUGGACGCCAUCGGGCGCGCCGCGGGCAGCCUCGUCUUCUGCAAGUUCCGCAGGCCGCUGGUGUCGGCGAACCUGGUGGGCGACCAGCCGGUGACGCUGCGCGAGGACCAGACGGUCAUGUGGGCCGUCGGCCAGAGCGGCGCGCAGGCCGCCAACGAGAGCCGCGGCACACUCGACCGCGCCGCGCUGGAGCAGCUGUACGCGCCCACCGACAUGCUCGACCACGGCCGCGCCAACCGCGGCGUGUUUGGCAAUCUGAACCUCAUUUUGGGCCGCCCCGUGGGGGUCGUCUCCCGCGGCACGUGCCCCCCUUCUCCGCUGCCGCUCUUCGACUGCACCUUCCGCAUCAACGCGCGCCUGCGCCUGCACUGGCGCAUCGUGGCCGCCUCCAUUUCGCUGGCCCUCGAGUUCCCCGCCUCCGCAGGCUGGGCCGCCCUCGGCUGGUCCUCCGACGGCCGCAUGGUGGGCGCCACCGCCGUGCUCGCCGAGCAGCCCGCGGCGGUGCGCCUGGUACAACUGCAGGCGCAGACCGUCGCCGGCGUGCAACCCAGCACCGUCUUCCCGCUCGCGCACCCGCAGCUGGCCCGCCAAGACGCUGCUACCGCCGUCCUCAGCUUUACGCGGCCGCUGAGCGCGGGUGCCGCGGGCGCCAGCAUCGUGGCGGGGCAGGCCAGCCGGCUGGUGUGGGCCCUCGCGGAGGACGGCCGCCUCGGCCUGCGCUACCACCGCCUGCAAAACAGGGGCAGCUUCAGCCUGGACUUCUCCACGGGCGUGGGCCGCGCCGACCGCAACCCCGUCGACUGGUACGGCCUCCACGGCUGGCUCAUGGCGGUCGCCAUGGGCGCGCUCCUGCCGCUGGGCCUUAUCUUCGUGCGGGCCAGCCGCGCUAACAAGGCGGAGGCCGACGCGUGGUACUUCGAGGGGGCGCACGUGGCGUUCCAGCUGCUGGGGGCUGCUGCGGUGGCGGCGGGCCUCACCAUCGCGUUCCUCACCUUCCUGGGGGGGCCCGGCCGCGCCAUCCACACGCUGCACGGGAUUGUGGGGCUCGCCGUCGGCGGGGCGCUCCUGGCCCAGGUGAGGGGCAAGCGGGGGAGAAGGGGGGUGAAGGAGGAGCGGGGAGAGGCGAAGGGAGAGGCCCCUGGGAGAGGUCACGCUGGAGUGGCGGCGGGGUGGCUGCCCUUCCUGGAGUACACGCCGGCGGUGGAGCGUGCGCUGCGGCUGCUGCACGCGGGCGUGGGCUGCGCGGUGCUGGCGGGCGGCAACUGGGCCGUGCUGCUGGGGCUGUACCGCUACGCCGCCUUCACCGGCACGCGCAUCUUCCCCCUCGUGGUGGGCCAGGGCGCCACGCUGGCGGUCAUGGCGCUGCUCUGGCUGCUGGCGGCCGUCGGGGCGCGCUGCGUGCGCGGCCGCGCCGGCGCUGCGCCAGGGCGGCCCCCCAGCCCGACGCUGCGCCCCUGGGUGCCCUCCGAGCUGCAGGGGCCCUUCAAACAAGAGGGCGGCGUGCCCGCGCUCGAGUACGCGCACCCCUUAGCGCUCACGCGCGGCAGCGGCAGCCAGCGCUUCCUGCUCUCCGACGACGACCUCUUCGACGGCAAGGACUCGCCCGCGCCGCGCACCUACUCGCCGCCCGCGCGCGUGGACCGUCCGGGGGAAGGCCACCCCAGCGACUCCGUCAGCAGACGGGUCAGCCGGGGCGGACCGGAGGGCGGCCUGGAGCGGCAAAGGUCGUUCCGCGGGUGGGUCAGCCCGUAGAACAGGGACCGGGGGAGGGCGGAGAGGCCACCGACAUCCCGGUGUCCUACUUGACAGCUUGAACGUGCCGAGAUCUUCAUGAGAGCCCGAUGUACCAUACUCGACUCGAGGUCCAAGUUGGAAGCCGGUUGAUUGUUCGUCUAGAGCCUCGACGGCUUCACUAAACAGAUUAGGCUCGUAUAGUCGGACAUAGUCCACCUUUCUACUUUGCAUGUUCACCGCGCAAGCCUGUUAUAGCAGCGCAGUGCAAAACUAAUUGGUAAUCAGUACCAUGAGCAGAUGUGUAGCCAAGAGCAAUCGCCAAAGUUUCCUAUAUGCUAUUAGAAUCUGUUCUAGAGUCCGUUGAACUAGUGAGUCAACAGUGUCAUUCCUACUCGAACAUUCAAAACUGCUUAUAUUGGCCUCUGAGAACGUCGACGUCAUACAGCCGCAUACAGCUUCCUCGCUGCAUUUAGGCGUGUAACAUGAGACUCAAUCACUGAUCAUGAUCAGCUUACCCCUCCCCAGAGCAUGCUAAAC